CCCGCCCGGCCGCGGGGUGGUGGGCGGGGGCCGGCCGGCUGCUCCGCCGCUGUCAGUCGGAAACAUCUGGUGACAUCUGGAGUCCGCGGGCCCCCCGAGACCCCGCCAUGGCGCGCGCGGGCGCCGUGGGGACGCAUCUCCCCGCGUCAGGUUUCGACCUUUUCGGGGACCUGAGGAAGAUGAACAAGCGCCAGCUCUAUUACCAGGUCCUGAACUUCGCCAUGAUUGUGUCGUCCGCGCUGAUGAUCUGGAAGGGCCUGAUUGUGCUCACAGGCAGCGAGAGCCCCAUCGUGGUGGUGCUGAGUGGCAGCAUGGAACCAGCCUUUCAUCGGGGGGACCUUCUGUUCCUCACCAACUUCAGGGAAGAUCCCAUUCGAGCUGGCGAGAUUGUGGUGUUUAAAGUGGAAGGACGCGAUAUUCCGAUCGUGCACAGAGUGAUCAAAGUCCACGAAAAAGAUAAUGGAGACAUCAAGUUUCUAACGAAAGGAGAUAAUAACGAAGUGGAUGACAGAGGCUUGUAUAAGGAAGGCCAGAACUGGCUGGAGAAGAAGGACGUGGUGGGCCGGGCCCGAGGGUUUUUGCCUUAUGUCGGCAUGGUCACCAUCAUAAUGAAUGACUAUCCAAAAUUCAAGUACGCCUUGUUGGCCGUGAUGGGUGCAUACGUGCUACUGAAACGCGAAUCCUGAAGGAGAAGAAACAGAUUCAGGAACCAGCUUGAGAAGAAUUUUUUUGGUGAAAGAAGAAAAGUAAUAUAUGUGGCUAGCUUCCCUGUGGGCAUAAAAAUGAAGCAACGUGGAGAGCUUUUUUUUUGUUUUGUUUUUGUCUUGUCCAAAUAAAACAUCAGGAACAAA